AAAGAAAGGCGGAGCACGCAAAAAAACGAAAUACGCAGAAUUAAGCAGAAUUUUAGGCACGAUUUGCAUUAAACUUGUGCAAAAAUUAGUGCUUCUAACGACGUCACAGGUCCCUAUACAAUUUAUGUGUUCGUAGUACACUUUUCAGCAAUACAUUGUAAAAAGGGGCUGAAAAGGGCCUACAAAACCGCAACCACCUACCACCCUUGCAAAGGCAAAGGACUUUCGGUGCAUAUCUGACAGCAACUUGCACUUGCACGUCUUAUUUGGAGCAGUCAUGACCAAUUUGGAGAAGCAACACGAGAUGGUGAAGCGCAGUCUAGUGCAGUUUGUAAGCGCGCACAUACCGGGUGCGGAUUUCAGCGUAGUCGAUGAGAUUGUGCUCUCCUAUAUCAUAUCUAUACUCGAGGACGCAUCGGAGGAUCCGUGUUUUGAUGUGGAAGGUUUUGUGGAGAUGAUGGGUGCUUAUUUUGAGGAGUUCUCGACCAUUGAUCAGGGCGUGAUAUGUGAGUGGAUUUACAAGCUUGCCAGCGAGCUCAGUGGCAUUCAAAAGAAUCAGGGUAACCAAUGCGCGGCCAAUUUGUCGCUCAACUCUUUGAGCUUGUCGGACAUUAUACCAGAGUCCAAGUUGCGGGCCCGUAACUCAUCUAUCUCAGAGAAAGACGAGUUGUCCUCGAACAGCAGCAGCGGCGGCAGCAAGCGCGCCCAACAUUUGUCCGAGACCAGUGAUGGUGGCUCCACUGACAGCUCGAGCUCCACUUGCGAUUACUUUAUGGAUGAGACCGAAGUGUUGCAGGAAAUGUUUCCCGACACGGCCUACGUUGAGGUGAAGCAUUGCAUUGCCAUUGCCAAGGGUGAUAUUGACAGUGCUACCCAGAUACUUUUGCAUCGCCAGGAGACUGGCCAGAGCCUCACUGACAAGUCAAAUACUCUGGCUAUCAAGAAAAAUGUGAUCGUGGAUGACAAUGAGCUCAAGAAUCGCAUUAUAGCCAGGUACUCUUACGUGGAUAAGAACGCCACUCAGCGUGAAUACAAGCCGGUGGUGCCAAAGAUGGAGCCGCGCAAGCUGGUACGUUACCGUGACAACAAGAUUGUCUCGCUAAAAGGCGAACGUUACACUGAAGUCAAGCGCGAUGAAGAUGCUGAGUUAAAAAAACCCAAGAAGCAGAUUCAACCGUAACUAAAGAUGAUCAAAAUUCACUACAAGUAUUUUAUCAAAAAACAAAAUAACCAACAACCAACCCUACCACAUACCGACACCUACUCCGCACCAAUGAAUCCGUUAGUGGAACGAUCCCAAUUACGUAGCCAUUGUCGCGACUUGCUUAAUGUAUGCCAAGAUUUGCAUAUGGAUAACUCCCGAUCUGCUCUUACCUACUCUCUACACAAUGUCCUGUCAACAACAGCCCAGCUUAGCCAUCGUUUUAACGCUUCCUUGCCACAGCACAAACAUGACGGAACUAGCAUUCGAGCAGCCACAAAAGCAGCCGCAUCAAUCCAACUAACUACCAGUGACUCUUUCUCUUGUGAGUAUGGGACUAAGUUUGUGUUGCCGGUAACGCUACUUGAGGGAGGCGUGGCCAGCAGUUUAUUGUUACUGUUGCUCGUUAGCCUUGGUUAUUAUUGGAAGAUUCUGCUUUUUGCUUCUGCACGACAUAUUUUCCAUUAUCAUGACGUUCAGGAUAAAGAUGCAAAGACUUUACGUACCAAAUUAGUUAAUAGUUAUGUUUUAAGAUUUGAUGACGAAUUUUUUGCCAGCGCCUUGCAGUUCAGUGUUCACGUGCGCGUCGUUGAAUUAUGAGUUCCACUGUUGUUCACCCCCCACAGGUGACGUAGGUGACAACAACUAUAUGGACCGCGUUUGUAAGUCGAUAACUAUGUUUGUCAGGAGCUAACGUGAGUUGCGUUUGUUGUAUUAGUUAUAGUUCCUUAUAUAUCACAUUGGACUUGAAAAAAACUGUGAAAAGUAUGCAGUAGACUGCCUGAAUCUCAUAUAAAAUUUAAAUGCCCUUUUCAGUAUUUCCAAUCAUCGUAAAACGCUCUCACCGCGCGAACAGACUUACAAAGAGAAAACGACAACUAAAAAACAUGCACGCGUGUUCUAAAACGAAUUUGCGCUCAAAUAGACUUAUUUAUAAAUUUUUUAGGUAUUUGAAAUAAAAGUAUUUGUUGGCCAUGCGCGUUUCAAAAACGCAGCUGCACAAAAACUUGCCAUAACUAUUUAAGAUUUGUUUGUUAAUUUUUGUAUAUGUGUAUGUAACGUACAUAAUCGUUUCUUGAUUCUCUCUGUUGGUCCAAGUAAACUAGCAACAGUAGCCACCAAAAGCAAUGCAACACAAACUAGUCCUUUACCAAAACUCCCCCAAUAAAGAAAUAAAAACCAAAGCGGCUGCUAAAAGGUAGCAAAACCUUAAAAACAUAUUCAAUAACAUGAAACUUAAUCAAAUAAUCAACAUAUUGUAACCUAGUAUGCUUCAUUGUAAUUCCUACAAAAGAAAGAAGAAACAUAAUUAAUGUUCAAGCCCUAAAACAAUUCUUGUUUAGAUAUAAGUACCAAAAUAUCGUUACUUGAUCACAUUUGAAUAUUUUAACAAUUGAACUUAAACUUAAGAUGUCAUUUUUUGCAACAAGAUAUUAUGAUUAUUUUAUUAGUGGCUCUCCACAAUUGGUGCAUUUUUCAUUUUGUUUGACACAAAAUUAUUUCUAUUACACAUUAUUUAUCAUGUAGCAUAAGUUUUUGAAAUCUUAUAUAUAUGUGCUUUCUAUCUUCGUUUUACACAUUAUGCAUUGUAUUGAAUCUCCCGAUAUGUUCUUAAGCUAAGCACU